AUGCAGGAUCCCCGACCUCAGCUCUUUUGCCCAGCCAGGGAAAUCUCGCCGAUAAUCCCCCGAUGCCACGGACCGCGCGUUAAGCGACCCUUGGCCGGCUGCUUCGCCACAGCACCUGCAGUCGAAGCCCUCCCCGCCGCGCCCCUCGUCCCUCCAGCCCCGAGGGAGCCGCCGUGCCCGCGGGGGGCUGCUCGCCGCCGCCCGGCCCCUACCAGCCCCCGGGCUCCCCGCGGGGCAGGGCGGCGGCGGGGCCGCGCACCCCCCGCACCCCCAGCCCUCCCAACCGGGCGCCUCCCCGCCCAGUCCCGUCCCCGUCCCGUCCCCGUGCCCAGGCGCGGCGGGGCUGCAGGCGACGCCCGUCCUCCCACGACUUUCCCCCCUCGCCGCCGGCGACCAGCAACAUCUCUGAGCGCUCCGCUCCUCCCGGCCCCCGCCCGGGCUUUGUGUGCGCGGCAGCAGCCGCCACCUGGGGCGGGCGCGGCGGCGGUGGCCGUGCCGGCGGUGGCUGUGCCUGUGCCCGCGGUGGCGGUGCCGGCGCGGCCCCGCACGAUGCCGCUCCGCGGGCUCCUGCCCCUUUGUCUGCUCUGCCUCCAGGCUGCGCUGCCGCUCCGCGGCCACCGCGGCCGCUACGCCGGGGAUAAAGUCAUACGAGUUGUUCCUGAGAGCGAGAGGGAAACACAGAUCCUGAGGGCUGCAUUCAACACACUUGAGGUGGACUUGUGGCAGCCCAGCAGCCCCUUCCGCAUCGUCGAAGGCACAGUCACUGAUGUGCGAGUACCACAGAACACGACCCGAAGCCUGCUGCCCUACCUCCAGCAAGCAAAUAUCCAGUACACAAUUCUUAUAUCAGACCUGCAGAAAGCAGUAGAAAACCAAACUGGACUGAGGUCAUAUAGGAAUCGAAGGUCCCUCUCUGGGUAUAACUACGAAGUGUAUCACUCCCUGGAAGAAAUCCAGGACUGGAUGCAUCAUCUGAAUAGAACUUAUUCAGAUCUUGUUCACAUGUUCUCUGUUGGAAAAUCCUAUGAAGGGAGACCACUGUAUGUACUCAAGUUAGGUAAAAGAUCACGGCCCUACAAGAAAGCUGUCUGGAUAGACUGUGGGAUUCAUGCAAGAGAAUGGAUUGGCCCUGCCUUUUGCCAGUGGUUCGUGAAAGAAGCUCUUCAGACAUACCAGACUGAUCCUGCCAUGAGAAAGAUGCUAACUCAGCUGUAUUUCUAUAUCAUGCCUGUAUUUAAUGUGGAUGGAUAUCAUUUUAGCUGGACAAAUGAUCGAUUUUGGAGAAAAACGAGAUCAAAGAACACAAGGUUUCACUGUCAUGGUGUUGAUGCUAAUCGCAACUGGAAAGUGAAAUGGUGUGAUGAAGGUGCUUCAUUUCACCCAUGUGAUGACACAUACUGUGGUCCCUUUCCUGAGUCUGAGCCUGAAGUAAAGGCUGUUGCUCAUUUCCUCCGCAAACAUCGGAAACAAAUAAAAGCCUACUUGUCCUUCCAUGCAUAUGCACAGAUGCUGCUGUACCCUUACUCUUACAAAUAUGAAACUAUUCCAAACUUCAGCUGUGUGGAAUCAGCAGCCUAUAAUGCUGUUAAUGCUCUUCAGUCAGCCUAUGGUAUAAGAUACAGAUAUGGUCCUGCUUCUAGCACUUUGUAUGUGAGUUCUGGCAGCUCUAUGGACUGGGCCUACAAAAAUGGCAUCCCCUAUGCAUUUGCAUUUGAGCUGCGUGACACUGGCCAUUUUGGAUUUUUACUUCCUGAGACGUUGAUCAAACCAACCUGCACAGAGACCAUGCUUGCAGUUAAAAAUAUAACUCUUCACUUGCUGAAGAAGUGUCACUGA